AAGUAUUUAGUGCCUGUUCCCCGGUGCUGCUGUCGCAUCUCUUCUCCUUCUUCUCUCAUUUACUCACUAUCAUAAUUCUACUUGGUUGCUGUGGACAGUACACCGUCUCUCAUCUUGCAAUCUUCCCCGCCAAGCGGCUGUGCCGUGUUAUCAGCUCUUUGCCCCCGCAAAGUCCUCCACUUGGUAAAGACAGGGUCUUCGGUUUCUGAAACGUGUUUACUGUCUAUUUUCAAAGCAAUUCAGUCAUGACUUCUACCGUUCACGAUCCAAGGCUACUCUACAGCAUCGGCAACAUCCGUGCUUUUCACAUUCAAAAUGGCGAAGAGACAGAGUUGACCCCGUCUGGGCCUCAGACCCUCUCUCUCCUGAUGGUCCCCACCAGAAUGUCCUCACCUGGCAAUUCCCUCUCAACGCCUCCCCCUGAUGCGUCUGCAGAGGAGGACUUUUACCUUCAUCUGCAUCUGCCACCGGAACUGGACCUAGCGCUUCCUGCUACCACCCAGAUCUUCCACCAGUCUCCAGACAGCUACUUGAUCCCUCGCUGGGAUGUGGGCCCUGAUGAUGGCGCAUUCAUUCGCAUCCAAUUUCCAGGUAUCGGUUCUGGUCCGGGUAAGGUCACACAGGAUGAUAUCGAUACCUUUGAGACAAUCCUGGCUCAAUGCACGGCGUUCCUCGAACGCGCUCCCCCACCGAGCAAUCAUGCUCCGUAUAAUCCCGCAACUUACGCGCCAGGCGAAGGAUAUGUUGCCCCAUCAGGAUUUGCCCAGGAGGAUGCCCAUGGCCGGAUCGUUCUUGUGGAUGAGGAAGAUGGAAGCGUCGUUGGUGAAAUGGAAGGGUAUGAUGUGGUUGAGAAGCCUGGUGUCAAACCUGGCUCGAAGAGACCCGUGGAGAUUGAACUUCCUACUGAAGCCGAGGGUAACCAAGUCAACGUCAGCAAUGUCUCCGAGGAAUACCUGCGGAUGGCUCGUCAUCCGGUUUACAAAGACUCGACGAUCGUUCAGACCUCUGCGACUGCCUCUCGCUUGAUUGUCACUGGAUCUUCCUACCUUGCCAACGCUAUCACGAGCGGCGCAGAAGCUUUCACCAAAAAGACCAAGCCCAACCCUAAACCGAUGACCUUCUCUGACACCACACAUUCUCGGAUCCGGAAGGUCGGUACAUUCUCGCAGGGUGCUGCCGAUCUGUCUGCAAAGACGGUUGGUCAGGUGGGUAAAUACGCCCAGAAUAUCGGCGCCUCCCUGGCCCGCCGCAAGGACAAUGGUACACAGAGGGGUGUCAAUAAGUCCGGGGGCGACUACAAGCCCGGCAUCCUGAACAAGUCGUUGAUUGCGUUCUCGACUUUAACGGAUGGCAUCGAGCAGGGUGCUCGCAACGUAUUGAUCACCGGCUCCAAUGCAGCUAGCACCAUGAUUGGACAUCGCUAUGGCGAGCAGGCUGGUUCGGUGGCCUCCGACCUCACUGGCGGAGUCAAGAAUGUCGGUCUGGUAUAUAUCGACGCCGCAGGUGUCAGCCGCAAAGCUGUGCUGAAGUCUGUUGCGAGGGGCAUGGUCGUCGGCCGUAUGCGCAACGGGCAGCAGGUCCUCGUUGGCACGGGCGACGGCGGUGAUGUCCCCGCUGGAGUAGCUGGCCCAAGUCAGGCAUAUGGGCGUGAGCCGGUUGUAAGACGUCAGUCUCCCAGCUCGACCCCUCCACCCGCAUACGGUGCACCAGGCACUACUUCAUUGAGCGGUAUGUCUAUGUCGGGGGGCAAGCGUUGAUGCGGAUGCUCUCGGUGUGUUCUUUCAUUCUGGUUUGGUUUGCUAUACUCUGUUUAAUGUAUGAUUCUAUGACCUUGAUGCCCUGGGCUGGUGAUUUCCCGCGUGUCGUCUCUUCUGCACUCUUUCGGAUGAUUUUAUGACACGUCCUUGUUUAAAUGGAGAUAUGAUGCAGCCUGAUAUACGGUAGCACAUCAAUGAGACGGAAACAGCAGUGACAUUUGUUCUUGUCAUAUACUACACUAGAGAGACCAACUCUAUCUCCAGACUAGGUUGUGAAUAUUAAUUCUCG